CUCACUCAAACAUAUGGGUGUGUUGAGUUUACGAUACUUAGGCUACUAUCAAGAUGUUGGUCACCAUGUUUGAUGAAAAAAAUGUGCUCGAGGUAUAAGUUUGCUGAUCUUGGAGAGUUCGCGUGAUCUUUGUAUGAUCUAGUGGUAAAAGUUGUCGAAGUUUUCUGAAAGAAGCUCGUGUAUGAUAUGACUCCAACCGUAAGAGUUCUCAGGUUUUUGGAAUUUGAAUUUUCCCGUAUGAGUGAUAGAUAAAUGCGACUUCCAUCCUUAGUCGUGUAUAUUUUUUGCUGAGGUAUCUGGCUUGCCCCCAUAGUAUGAGGCUAACUGAUGGAUAAAGGAGAUCCUUGUAAAGAAAGUCUCAUUUUCCUCAAAAUUGGUUGUUUGUCUUGGGUAUUUUGACUCAUGUGUGCCCACUUGUCUUGAAAUUUUGGUUUUAUGGGUAAACUCGAGUAGUGAAGUAAUUUAGGACAUAUGAGUAGGAACUUUAUUAUGGAAAUCUUCUCACUUGUCGAGGUCCUUUUUUGACCUCGAAAGGAUGGAUAAAGAAGGUAUUGGUAUGAUGCAUGCUUCGACUUCUCAUUGACCCUCAAAAUUGAAAAUUAUAAGGGGUUCUUGCUUAACUUGAAAGCGAGAGUUCAAGUGAUGGACAACGAGAAUGAUCAUGGGAUGUUACUUAAGCUUAUGUCAACAUUCUUGUCUUGGUAACUCUUCUUUUUAGGGGUUUCUAGCGUUAUUUCUUCAAGCCUGGCUGGAAAGUACCAUUUGUUUGGAAAGCUAUCCGAUUUGGUGAGUAUCACUGCUUGAGUGUCUAAAUCCUGUUGAUUGAGAGAAUGACCCUAUAUUUAGCUCUUGUGACCACGUCGAAGAUAAAUUUGGAAUCACUCUUUUGGCCUUUCAAUGAAGAUAACUAGUUACUCUUGAUGAGUUUAAGUGGUUGUAACUUCAAGCGUUCAGGCAUGGGCGUCUGACGUGUAAGUCACACAAUAUUUUUCUUUUUCUUUUGAUUUUGAUUGAUUUUCUUGCCUCUUUUGGCCUUUUCUUUUGCUCUUUAUUUUGUGGAAUUAUUUGACUUUGUUGUGCCCCAUAAUGAUGGCAUUUUGAUGCUUUUCAUUUUACCCACCAACUUCAAAGAGUUAGGAGAUUUCGUCGGUAUGACAAUCUUUGUGAGUGGCCUUUUUGAUGGCUUCAAAAAUUGGUAAUUUCUUUCCACAAGAAGAAAGAUCUCUUAUGUCAAGGUUUCAUUGUACUGUCUGAGUAGCUCUUUCACUCAAGCAUUGGAUCUGGAGAGACAAACACUAAGAAUUAACAUAAUUUAUUGUGCUUUCGUUCCUCAAUUGAUUAUGUGAGUGCUUUCGUUCCUCAACAUGAAUAUCGAGAAGUUCACGGGGAAGAACAACUACGAGGUCGAAGUCUGAUAUGUGGAUGAUCUAUCUUGUUCUGUAUGUGGAUGAUAUGCUCAUAGAUGCGAGGUGGAAGUUUGAUAUUUAGAAUUUAAAGGGGCUUCUCAUUGCUGAGUUUGAGAUGAAGGAUUUGGGAGCUGCUCAGAAGAUCUUGGGUAUGGAGAUUUACAGGGAUAGGUCGAAGAAGAAGCUUUUCUUGUCACAUAAGAGCUACAUCCAAAAGAUACUGUCAAGGUUUGGCAUGUCUUCAGCAAAGCCCUUGAAUACUCCUAGUGCUUCAAAUGUUCAUCUAUCCUCAGCUUAUGCACCGCAGUCAGAGGCUGAGAAUGGGUUCAUCUAUCUCUUGUCAUUCUCUCUAGAUUGCCUGUGUCGUCCUAAACCAGAACCACAACAAGGGAAAAGCUCUCGAUCAAGAUGUCGAUGUCGGCGGCGAAGAUAGACAGAUGUGAGUCUCGUUUGGGUUGCGUGUUGAUUUUUUUCAGUUUGAUUUUCUUCGGGUUUGGGGGUUCUGACUAUUUUCUGUGUUUGGACUGAGAAGGAAAAGGAGAUUAAGGAGUGGACAGAGGAAUCGCCGGCGGAUUCGAGUCUUGCCUGCGAUAGUGGCACCAAGGCCUCCUCGGCGAGAAAGGCAGGAUCCCUAUACCUUUUUUUUGUUCUCUUUGAAUUUCUGGGUUUCGAUUUCUGAUAAGCUUUUUGAUUGUUUUUGUUUUUUUAGAUGCGAAGGUUUGAUUGGGAAGGAGGAAAGAAAGAGACGGCCGGUCGGCGAGGACUUCCGAUGAUGGCGAGUAAGGAGGAGAAACCGUCGGUGGCUCUUGUCUCGCUGACGGCGAGGGAGCAAACUCACCGGAGCGGAUUCUCUAGUAAGUAAUUUUGGAGUAUUUUUUAAUAUUUUUAUUCAUUUUUUCCUUUAAAAGAUUUUCACUUUUGUUUCUUCAAUUUCUGGGUUUGAAUGGCAGAGUUGAACAGAGGGAGAACAACUGGAAAGAAAGAGGAUUACCACUGGUGAGUGUAGGCAGAGUCGCCGAUAGCUACCAUGACAAGUGAGUGAGAGUGUGUUUUCUGGGCUCGUAUGAAAACUGGAAUUUUAUGUAGUGUUCUAAUGGGUUUGAAACUGAAUUUUUUGAUUUGUCGUAUUUUGGAGAGUAAAGCUAGUUGGCUGGAGUGCAGAAAUGGGAGCCCCCGCUAGCAAUCAAUCAGCAACGGUAGUGGUGGCAGCUAGCGAGAAAAUAUAGGUUGGUUGGGGGUAGUUCUACUGGACUCUGUUUUUCUAGAAAGGUUUACAUAGGUAGAGAGAAGGGAGUGAUUGUGAAUGAUAAUGCUUAGAUAUGGUAAUAGUAGGUUUGUGUGAAUACCAACCUUGGUUGUUCAAAGGUUGGGAUGACGUAGUCUCCUCUCCUAUCUUCUGGGAGCUUGGUGGUUGAUGCUGCCUUGCAUGCUUCCUUGUUAAUUUUUUUUUUCUCCUUUGGUUGCUGCAAUUUUACUCCUUUUUUGUGUGUUUUUAUUGUUAUUUUGGUUUAUGUUGUGUUGUUUGUGUGUAGGAAAGAAGAGGAGAACCAAAAGUUUUAUGCGGUUUUUGUUAGAAUAACAGAGAGGUAAAUGAGUGUUUUUCUCUCUUGAAUUUUGUCUGUAUGUCUAAGGGGAAAUGGGAGUGUGUUUGAGGAAAGGUAAGUGGAAAGUUUUGCAGAGUUUCUAUGCUCUUUGUGUUUGUGGAUCAGACAAAGGAAGAAGUGGAGAGGAUUUUUUAGAAGGGAAGCAGGAGUGGAAAAACCGUCCCCUUUGCAAGAACUAAAGAGGUAUUUUUUCUUAGGAAAAAGGCAGCUGGGAGCCCACGCUUGCUACACUACCAGUUUCGGGUUGAACCAGUCUUGCUACAAUACCAGUUUGGUCAUACCUUAUCUGGUUGACUUUGUUGACUGACUUGACCAAGUUGAAUUUGACUUUUGUUGACUUUAGACUUUGACUUGGAUUUUGGACUUGAGCUUUUUCGCUUAUUAUUGAUUGUAGGAACUAUUUUAGUUAGUUGUGAUGUAACAUUUAUUUAGUAAUUGUAUUAUAAUUAUUAGUUUGUAAUUUUAUGUAAUUAUUAUCAUCACUCGGUAGUCAUAAUGUAAUUGUUAUUAAUAAAAAGAAGUAUUAUUUGUUAUUUAUUUCUUUCGCACCAAAAGCCAAUGCCCAAAUCUCGCUAAGUCCAAUAUCUUAAGAACCAAUUUGAGUAGUCAAUUCACGUGACGAACAUAUCAAGCGAGUGCUUAAUUCGUCUAAUUGAAGCAAAACAAGUAAACUCUCCUUAUCAAAUUCUACUGAUCGAGAUUUGUUAUUGCUUAAUCUUAAUUGAGUUAUGGCAAUAAGUCCCAUCACAAGCA